AUGCCUGAGGACCACAGAGGAUUGACAUCACACCUGCUCUGCGAUGUCACCGCCGCGGCAUCGGCAUCGAUAGCGGUGUCGCCGUUGGUGGCAGUGGUAGAUAGCUCCGUCAUUCGCGUCGCCUCAUCAACCCAGCGGCAACACAUAUUGCCGAUCCUAUGGAACAGCUUCAAACCGCUCCUUUUUUCACCACAUAGAUACAUCACCACCAGGACAUCACGACUUCUCUUCGCCGUCUAUCUUGGCACCUACUCGACCGCCAAUGCGAUCGAUACUCUCCAAGAGCACUUUAACAAAGACAACACCAAUCCUCCAGCAAUAUCGCCUACGACAACCAAGCUCAUCGGCGUCUCAGCCAUUAGUACCGCUCUUACGGUCUACAAAGACUCCUGUCUGACCCAGAUGUUCGGCGCCGCGAUAAAACCAAAACCAGUCCCGCGGAUAAGCUAUGCCAUCUUUACACUCCGCGAUGUCCUGACCAUCUACGCCUGCUUUGUGUGCCCGCCGAUUCUCUCAGCGCGGCUCGAAGAACUCCCUGACAGCGUCAAGGACCAACUCCUACUGGGUAAACCCGAGGCACGAGCACGAAUCUCGCAACUCAUUCUACCUGUCAUGGUCCAGUUCGUCAGCACGCCGAUCCAUCUGUUUGCGCUGGAUCUGUAUAACCGAUCUCAUGCAGGCCUGGGUUUCGCGGAUCGCCUUGCGAGAGUGGGUAGGGACCUACCUGCCGCGGUGCCAACGCGCAUGAUGAGGAUUCUACCUGCUUUCGGGGUGGGUGGGGUGUUGAAUACGGAGAUGAGAGGGGCGCUCAGGGGUUGGGUGGGAGGUUCCGGAAGAGACCCAUCUGGCUCGAACGUGAAUGGAUGGCGUGCAACUGUACAGGUGUGA